UAUAUUGUGGGUUCCUUAGUCCGGUCUUGCACGGGACGCCCCAGCGUCUCCCCAUUGGCUCCAAAGAAAAGCAUCCCGCCAAGGAACCCACCCACUCGUUCCCGGUGUCUGAUUAUUUUAACAUGCACGUCUCCGAAAUCCAUUCAUUCUUAUGAUCUAGCCGCCUCCGAAAAUGUACGUACCAUACGAACACUGUUGCCGUUCAAGACAGGACAUGACGGAACCCCAGACCUAUCAUCAGCAGGUUUUUCCGCCCUGCGAUCCCGUCUCGUCGGCUUUCCACGGCGGUUUUCGCGCACCCUAUAUAUACGAGGAACCCUACGGGUUCGCGGACGCGUCGAACAUCCAGGAGUUCUAUUACAGCUUCUACAGAAAUUUUCACGUACCACCAGAGGAGUGCGGAAAAACUGAGGAAAACUGCGGGGAUUUCUUGGUCGAGAGCGAGUCCAGCAGGUCGAUGGAAGAGUGGAGGGGGGACAAAGGAUCGCAAAUUGAGGGUGGUUGUUAUUUUGACGCCAAUGACGGAAGUGGAUUUUUGGCAAAAUGUGUUGAUAUAAAAAACGAGGAUUGCAAUAAACCUAGGAAAGAACGAACCGCCUUCACCAAAAUGCAAAUAAAAGAGUUGGAAAAAGAAUUCACCCAUUCCAAUUAUUUAACAAGGUUGAGAAGAUAUGAAAUUGCGGUCGCUUUGGACCUAACUGAAAGACAAGUGAAGGUGUGGUUUCAAAACAGGAGGAUGAAAUGGAAGAGAACUAAAAUAUCUGAUACUAAAGGUAGUGGAAGGACGUAUAGAAGAAAGGCCACUAAAGAAACAGGACAAUAAUAAUAUAAAUUGAGUGAUUGAGUUUGUACAUAAUUUUGAUUUUUGAAGAAAUAUAACUUGCAUAAUAAGCUUUAAUAUUUUAAGUUAAGAAUUUGAAAUAAUGUUUCUUAUUGAAUUAAUUAAUUUGUUAU